AUGUCUUUUGUCACUCGUUUUUCUGAUUCUGUUGGUCACUUUUUUGAACGGCAUCCCCACGCAGUCCAUUUGACACUAACAGCAGCUGCAGCUUCUGCUUUGACAGCUGCAAGUAUUUUGACAUAUCAAGGUAGUCAGCGACGAUCGAGAGCAAAGACGUUGAAGGAUGAGCUAAGAGAGGCCGAAUUGCACAGUUCAAUGGACCUUACACCAGUUGGAACCGCCACCCCAAUAUCAAAACAACAGCAACAACAAGCGUUACAUUUGCCUCGAGUGUACGAUGAUAAACUAAUUGAAGAACAGUUGAGCAAGAACACGGCAUUUUUGGGGGAAGAAGGUGCCAAAAAACUACGAAAUGCAUUCGUGAUAGUCGUAGGGGCAGGUGGUGUGGGAUCAUGGGCUGCCCUUAUGUUAGCACGCUCUGGUGUAAAACGAAUCCGUAUUAUCGAUUUUGAUCAGGUUACUUUGAGUAGUUUGAACCGUCAUGCAGUAGCGACACUAGAGGAUGUGGGCACACCUAAAGUUAGAUGUAUAAAGAAAUGCUUUAAAGACAUCGUGCCUUUCGUAGAGGUAGAGGAUUGCAUCGAUUUAUUGAAUGCAGAAAAUGUCGAUAUAUUACUAGGAGGGAACCCUGAUUAUGUUGUCGAUGCUAUUGAUAAUAUCAACACAAAAGUUGAUUUAAUUAGAUAUUGCUAUGAGAGAAAGCUGCCGGUUAUCAGCUCGAUGGGAGCAGGCGCCAAAUCUGAUCCAUCACGUAUUCAAAUAGCGGAUAUCAGUGAAACUUUUGGUAUAUUGAAGAAGUUAAACAUCUUGAAGGGAGUGCCAGUAGCCUAUUCUACAGAAAAGCCCAGUCAUGUAAAACUGCUACCGCUAGCUCGAAUUCUUCCGGUGCUUGGCACCAUUCCCAGCAUGUUUGGUAUGGCGAUUGCCAACUACAUCAUUUUGCGUGUUACAAACUACCCUGAUUUUGAUCCAUUACCAGUUAAAUUGAGAGACGGUCUCUACGUUCGAGUUCAUCGUGAUUUGCUGACAAGAGAAGCAAAAGUAUACAAUGAAAAGUAA